UCAUUCGAGACGCUACGUCACAUGGGUCCUUGUCGCAUCAGGAAAAAAACUGAAUAACAAAUCACCAAGGAGGUUCAAUUACAGCUGUUUUAAAACUUUAACUUAAACAUCUGUCAGCUAUAUAACCAACCAAGACUCGGACGGAGUGAGAAUUUUAUCCCGAAAAGAGCAAGCUUGAAGGUGGAUAGGCAUGGGUGAGCCUGGUGAUAUCGAGGUAACUGUGAAGACUCUGGACUCGCAGAGCCGAAGUUACUCGGUCAGAAGAGAACUGACGGUGAAGCAGUUUAAGGAACACAUCUCUGAGUCUGUUGGGAUUCCUGUGGACAAGCAGAGGCUCAUCUAUCAGGGCAGGGUAUUGCAGGAUGAGAAGACACUGACCGACUACAAUGUGGAAGGCAAAGUCAUCCACUUGGUGGAGAGGGCCCCCCCCCAGACGACGCAGCCGGGGACGGGAGCUGGGGGCACAGAGGGGUCGGUCCCACCCCCCCAUUCCUCCUCCACCACUUCCCAGGGCGCCCCGCACAUUCCGCCGCACGACCGUAAUGCCAACAGCUAUGUCAUGCUGGGGACUUUCAACUUGCCUGUGAACGUUGUGGACCCGCAGCAGAUCCAGAUGUCAGUCCAGCAGGUGCUGUCAGGCCUGGGAGAGAGCGGGAGAAAUGCUCGCGUGGUCACCAACACAGCUGGCAACGGCUCCGUGGACGUGCACGUCAACGUGGACCAGGCGAUGCAGAGCGAGCCCAGGCUGCGGCUGCUGCUGGCGGAGAACCUGCUGAGGGACGUGGACUCCGUCAUCCUCAGGCUGGAGGACCAGGCCGGCGGAACAUCAUCUCCACAAGACUCCGCCGCUCCUGCCUCCUCGUCCUCCUCCGCCACCGUGCCCCAGGCGCAGCCUGCUGAAGCCUCCCCCACUCCACCUCCACCCUCUUCUUCCUCGACAUCCACUCAGACUGAUGGACCCCCGUCCUCGGGACCCAACCACCCCAGUCCCUUGGAGCUGCUGGACAUACUGGUGGAGCUGAGGAGGGUGGAGGACAGGCUGCAGCCCUUCGUUCAGAGAGCGCACUCCAUCCUGGGGGCCGCCACCUCCACCGACUACAACAACAAUGUACAGGAGAGAGAAGACGACCAGCGGGUUUUGAACCUGGUGGGGGAGGCUCUCCGUCCCCUAGGCAACGCGCUCGUCGCCCUCAGCGACCUACGCUGCAACCUUCUGGCCCCCCCCCCUCGCCACCUGCACGUGAUCCGGCCCAUAUCCCACUACACCUCCCCUGUGAUGCUGCCUGGUGGGAUGCACCAUAUCCCCAUUCCGAUGAACAUGGGAGCGACAGUGACUAUGACCACCAAUGGCAGGCAGGCCCCUGAAGCCCAGACCCCGCCCACUCCGGCCACAGGCCAAUCAGAGCAAGCGGAAAAUGGACAGGUCCCGCCACCGCAGCCCGCUUCUGCCAAUCAGCCAGCACAAGGACAGACAGGGCCGAGGGUUAUUCGAAUCAGUCAUCAGACAAGGGAGCCGGUGGUGGUGAUGCAGAUGAACCUGGAUGACUCUGCUGCACCUCAGGCUUCAGGACAACAGACAGGAGCUGGAACUGGACAGACAGGGACCGCGGCCCCUCCUCUCAUCCCCGGCCUCCCGCCCGAGUUCAUGCAGGCCAUCGUGAACCAGGUCACGCAGCAGGCCGUGGCAAUGGCGGCUGCUGCCUCCGGGGGGCAGCAGGCGACCCAGGGCUCCAGUGUGAGUGCGGGAGAGACUGCCCCCAAUGCACCCCAAGCCAGGGUAGUAAUAACCCACCCCUUCUCCCCCAUGAACACGCAGUCCAACUUCGGGAGCAGAGGAGCCACUAUCAAUAUAAGGGCAACGGUUCCCCCCACUGGGGGCCAGCAGCCUGUGCAGAUGAUCAACGGCCUGGUGGGCCAGCUGCUGAUGCCUGUUCACAUCGCGAAUCACACCUCCACCGCCUCUUCAACCCAUUCCUUUUCUUUUUCCACGUCCUCCUCCUCUGCCCCCACUACCUCUGCCCCCCCUCAAACGAAUUCCUCUGAAACUUUGCACCAAGCGUCGGCCAACGCAGCCGCCCCCGGCCCGGGCCCGGACGGGUCGGCCCCUCCCCAGGCAGCGACCCCCGAGGGUAACCUGGCCCAGCUGCUGGGGUCUGUGCUGGGGGGGGCGGCAGCCGCCGGCUCCGUAGGCUCUGGGAUGCCACCGUCAUUCACUGUCACCAUGCCUGGGAUCCCCUCCUUCAUACAGGGAGUGACAGACUUCAUUCAGGCCAGCCAGCCAGUCUUCCCCCAGCCCCACAGUGGUCAACAAGCCCCUUCUGCCAGCACCGCCCCAGCGCCCCCCCCGGGCACCACCCCUGCUCCCCCCUCUGAUCCUACCCCCAGCUCUGUCCCUGGCGCCACCCUGGGAGCCCCAGGAGAGACGUUGAACCCAGAGCUCUUCACCGGCAUUGUUCAGGGAGUGCUGUCCACCAUGAUGGGCUCUCUGGGGGCUUCCCAGAACAAUACCGAAACCAUCGCCCAGUUUAUCCAGAGAGUGUCCCAGACAGAAAGCUUAUUCGCGCCCAGCACGGGGGAUGCCACAGGCUUUUUUGUAGACCUGCUGUCCCUGGUCUGGCAGAACUUCACCAUGAUGGACAUGGUGCUGCUGUUGCAUGGUCAGCACCAGCCCCUCAGCCGCAUUCAGCCCCAGCUUUCCCAGUUCUUUACAGAGCACUACCUGCGUGGGAGGGAGCCCACCGACGCCAACAUCUCUGCAGCAGCCGAAGAGCUUAUCAAUGGGCUUGAUGAGCACAUCACAGAGACCUUUUCCUCGGCGACUGUGCUAGAAGGUGUGGACAUCACCCAAACCAACCUGUCCUUCCUCACGCGGCAGUUCACACAGAUCGCCACGCACGUGUUGUGCUGCAAUGACGAUUCCUUUGGGAGCCGCUUGCUGUUGAUGUGCAACCAGGUUCUGUUCGAGUGUCUGGCCCUCAACCUCUACUGCCUGCGGGGGGAGCAGAUCGCGCUCACUGACGUCAUCAACCAUCGCAUACGAAGCAUGUCCACAGAGGUGAACCCCAGUUUGGUCAACUGGCUGACCAGCAUGAUGUCCAUGAGGCUGCAGGUCAUCCUGGAGCACAUUCCAGUCACUGAAGAGCAGAUCCUGCAUUAUGUCAUCCGCACGCAGGAUAUGUCAGAGGACGGGGAGGAAUCCGAGAUGCAGCAAGCAUCGAGGCCUGUGGACAUGGAGGAGGGUCGCUCCCCCACCCCCGCCACCACUGCGGAGGAGGCCAUGACGUCACCGCGGGACUGCAGGACUGAGGCGGCCGUCCGGCCCGGGGGCGCCAUCGGGAUGGAAGGCGCUUUGCCGGGAGUGGCUGGCGGAGAGGUCAGCGAGAUGACGGAAGAGGGAGAGGCCUGGGCUACGGCGGUUCCUCCUGAGUGGGUACCCAUUAUCCGACAGGACAUAGUGUCCCAGAGGAAGAUAAAAGCCCAGCCCCCCCUCUCAGAUGCCUACUUACACGGGAUGCCAGCCAAACGUAGGAAGACGGCACAGGGCGAUGGGCUCCACGUCUCUCUCGCUGAAGCCGUCAGUCAGGCAGCAAAGUCAGUGGGAGCCAAGCCAGUCACUUCCCCAGAGAGCCUUCAGGGGGAGCUAGAAAGCUCUGACCUUCAAGACGAAUACAUGGAACAGGUGCAACAUGACAUGAAUAAACGAGUAAGUGAGGACCCAAACUACAGCGCUCAGCGAUUCCCCAACACACAAAAGGCUUUUUCACUGGACUCUUAAUGUCAUUGGUUGGCACACGUGUCUGAGCGAUGACAUUUUGCUGUUGAGCAAACGUACCUUGCAAGUUUUUCCUCCUGCUUUGAUUGGAUUUGAAGUAUCAGAAACUAAACCCAGGUUGUACGGAGAAUGCUGUCAGUUAUCCAUGCAGCAUUUUUGGUUUACAAGGCCUGCAUUUUGACAUAAUGAUCCCACUUAAACUGAUAAGCUUUAGCUUUGCCUGAACCUGUGGAUAUAUUGAAAAGUCCAUCUUUGGUCCAUUCUUUUAUUAACUGAAUACAGGAACCUUGAAAAGUUACUUUCAUCCCUUCCCAAGACAUCAUCCUUGGUCUGCAAAUGAUGAUUCUUUCUAGACAUUUCUGUAUGCUUUCAGCUUCUUUGCAAACGCUCUAUUUUGUGAUUUAUUUUAUGUUUGAAUGAACAUUCGAAGAGCGACAAGGCAAUAAAAGGUUGUGGCAAUGGUAAUAGCGUUACAUGUGGAGACGACGGCAGUAAUGAUGUCAUAUUCUUACUGUCACCUUGAUUGUCUGGUUGUAAGCCUUUUAUGUGUCCUAAUUAGGAGAUCUGGGUUGGUGAAAUGACAAGUUAUGUUAAAUAUUUAUUUUUUUGUUGAGGUUAGAGUGAUUAUGCAGUUAUAUGGUGUUAAACGAUUUUGAUUUAGAAACAUUUCCAUCCCAAAUCACCCUUUGUGUUUUUGUCCAGUGGUUGUUUAAAAUUAAAACGUUUGCCAAUGAA